AUGGAUAGAAACAAGUCUAUUAAUGAAGGCAAUGUGUCGUCGUUGUCACAAUCCACUAACAACCACCAUCGUAGAACGGAGACAACAUGUCCCAUUUUUACACCUACAGUCAACAUGGAUUUUAAUAGCGACUCUGACAAUGAUAGCGACUACGACCCUUUUGCAGCCUACCUAUCUGAAGAUGAUAACUGUUCGGAGUCAGACGAAUAUGAAGCACCUUUUUCAAUCAACUAUAGCGCAGCGGGGUAUUCAGAAGAAUAUUACGAUAUCGGUUCCCCUCUUAUAGAAUGUGGCUAUUGUAAAGCAAUGAUGUGGUAUCAAGAGAGGAUGCACAAAAGUACACAUUCAGCAAACCCAAAGUUUAUGAUGUGUUGUGGAAACGGAAAAGUUGAACUACCAAUCCUAAGACAGCCUCCGGAACAGCUUGCAAAACUUUUGUUUGAUCAUGACAAUACGGUGAGCAAGAAGUUUCAACAACAUAUCCGACUUUACAAUAUGAUGUUUGCAUUUACAUCACCGGGAGCCAAGUUUGACAACCGUUUUAACGAUGGCCGUGGUCCCCCAACCAUGAGGAUACAAGGUCAAACAUGUCAUCGAAUAGGAAGUUUGUUGCCUCCGCAAGGUGGAAAACCGAAAUUUGCUCAAUUAUAUUUUUAUGACACCGAAAAUGAGGUGGAAAACCGGAUGCAUGGCCUAAGGAACAAAGAGAUCAUUGAUCCUGCUGUCGUCAACCAGUUGUCCAGUAUGCUUUAUGAAUUCAAUCCCCAUGCUAAGAGCUUUCAAAUGGCGAGACAAUGGUUAAAUGGUGGGGACACUCAAAACCUGAAGCUACGACUUAUUUCUAGCCGAUCCACCGAUGGGAGAGUGUAUAAUCAACCUACUGUGUCUGAAGUUGCAGCCUUGGUUGUUGGUGAUAUUGACACGGCAGAAAUGCGGGAUAUCAUAAUGCAAACAAGAGGAGGACGACUUCAGAGAAUCAACGAACUCCAUGCCGCUUACAUGGCUUACCAGUAUCCUUUGAUUUUUCCUUAUGGUGAGGACGGUUAUAGACCAGAUGUCGCUCAUAGGGACUUGCCUGUCAACGAAAAUAGCAUGAGGAAUAGGCUCACAAUUCGCGAAUUUCUUGCCUUCCGCAUUCAAACCAGGUUAAACGAAGCUAAGACUUUGUUAUCUUCUAGAAGGUUGUUCCAACAAUUUCUGGUCGAUGGUUACACUAUGUUGGAGUCCGAGAAACUUGAAUGGCUAAGGAAAAAUCAACCAAAGCUUUGA